ACUACGGGCAGAAGUCACCACGCCCGGCCAGUCAUUUCUUUCUUAAUUUAAGCAUUCACUCUACCUUUCCAUCACCCAGUAGCCUGGCCGGGCACCGUGCAAAACAGUUAACAUCUUUUGUGACUUUGAAACAGUCUGUGUUUAUUAUUUUAUUUCCUGACUGGAGAGAGAUGCUGAUUAGCGGGAUAUUAUCAGUAGCUUACAUUUCUGAAAUGCUUGCUGUGCACCGGGCGAGAUUUUACAGAUGAGAUGACUGACUCUGAUAAGGAAGGACACACAUCCAGGGUCACAGAGAAAAAAAAAAAAAAAAAAGUAUGUUGCUUCGGAAGCUACAAGUGGAUCUGCUCCCAGCCACCUGGGGGCCUCUGGGCCCGGGAGCACCCCGCCCCCUCCCUGGGGCCCUUAUCUCAGCCAGGGCUGCUGCAGGCCACGCCCCUCGGGGAGGGGCCGCUGGAGGCUCCUGGCCGGGAAGGGCCUGGUCAGCUGUGUCCGGCGGCGGAGGCAGCUGCUGACCCAGCUGUGCCCUUUGCCAGGGGAGGGGGACCGGGGGCAGGAGCCCUGGGUUCCCCUGGGGCGGGGGCGGCAUCAUGGACCACCUCGGGGCGCCCCUCUGGCCCCGAGUUGGCCCCCUCUGUCUCCUGCUGGCUGGGGCAGCCUGGGCGCCCCCACCUAACUCCACGGACCCCAAAUUUGAGAGCAAAGCGGCGCUGCUGGUGGCCCGCGGGCCCCAAGAGCUUCUCUGCUUCACCGAGCGGCUGGAGGACUUGGUGUGUUUCUGGGAGGAAGCCGCAAGCUCCGGGCUCACCUCCAGCAACUACAGCUUCUCCUACCAGUUCGAGGGCGAGCCUUGGAAGCCCUGUGACCUGCACCAGGCGCCCACCGCCCUGGGCGCCGUGCGCUUCUGGUGCUCGCUGCCCACGGCCGACACAUCGAGCUUCGUGCCCCUGGAGCUGCGCGUCACGGAGGCCUCCUCCCGCUCCGCACGGUAUCAGCGGGUCAUCCACAUCAACGAAGUGGUGCUGCUGGACGCCCCCGCGGGGCUGCAAGCGCGGCGGGCCGAGGAGGGCGGCCAGGUGCUGCUUCGAUGGUUCCCGCCGCCUGGGGCACCCAUGACCAGCCACAUUCGCUACGAGGUGGACGUCUCUGCCGGCAGCAGCGCAGGGGGAGCGCAGAGAGUGGAGAUCCUGGAGGGCCGCACCGAGUGUGCGCUCAGCAACCUGCGUGGCUCCACGCGCUACACCUUCGCGGUUCGCGCGCGGAUGGCCGAGCCCAGCUUCAGUGGCUUCUGGAGCGCCUGGUCAGAGCCCGUGUCGCUGCUGACAGCUAGCGACCUGGACCCCCUCAUCCUGACGCUGUCCCUGAUCCUCGUGCUCAUCCUGCUGCUGCUGGCCGUGCUCGCCCUGCUGUCCCACCGCCGGACUCUGAAGCAGAAGAUCUGGCCUGGCAUCCCGAGCCCCGAGAGUGAGUUCGAGGGCCUCUUCACCACCCACAAGGGUAACUUCCAGCUCUGGCUGUCGCAGCAUGAUGGCUGUCUAUGGUGGAGCCCCUGCACCCCCUUUCCGGAGGACCCACCUGCCCGCCUGGAAGUCCUCUCCGAGCGCUGCUGGGGGGUGACCCAGGCAGUGGAGCCAGGGGCAGACGACAAGGGGCCCCUGCUGCAGCUGGCGGGCAGAGCGCGCGCCCAGGACUCCUAUCUGGUGCUGGACAAGUGGCUGCUGCCCCGGGGCCCGCACAGUGAGGGGCUCCCGGGGCCCGGUGGCUGCGAGGACAUCGUCGCCAUGGACCAAGGCUCAGAAGCGUCCUCCUGCUCCUCUGCUUUGGCCUUGAAGUCUGGGCCGGAGGCGGCCCUGGCCGCCAGCUUUGAGUACACCAUCCUGGACGCCCGCUCCCAGCUCCUGUGCCCGCGGGCACUGCGCCCGGAGCCGCCCCCCACCCCGCCCCACCUGAAGUACCUGUACCUCGUGGUGUCUGACUCCGGCAUCUCAACUGAUUACAGCUUGGGGGGCUCCCAGGAAGCCCAGGGGGGCUCAUGCGACGACACCUACUCCAACUCCUAUGAGAACAGUCUGGUCCCCAGCCCCGGGCCUCUCAGCCCCAGCUACGUGGCCUGCUCGUAGGACCCCAGCCCGAGACUGAUGGACCGGGAGGCCGAGGCCACCCCCAGGGUUGGAGGCGCUGAUAAGCUUAGCCAUCGACAGAGCUAUCCUGCUCAGGAAGCCACAAGCGUGCAGCAUUUUAAACUAUGUAUAGUUUUUUUGUGUGUAUAUACAUAUGUAUAUAUAUAUAUAAAAAUUUAUAUGUAA